AAUUUCGGAACGGCAUUACAGUACUAGCGAUGAGUUACGGAACACAGCCUGAGUUUGUAUCACUAGUUUCCAGGGAUUUCGAUUAGUUUCGAUGAUUCCAUGAAAAAAGCCGGAAUAAUUAUUCUCAGGUUUUUUCUUUGAUAAUAUUGAUACUUUUCAAUUAUCUUCGGGUCCCUCAAGUCCCUUUGAGAGUCUCGAAAAUUUACCCAGGCUUGAUAACUUUAGCAGAAUCUUGUUGGUGAUCCAAUAUAUCGGAACGUAGCCUAUCGUCGAUGGUUAAUGCCACGUAUAUCCGGUGGACCAACACGUUUCGCGCGAUAUAGUAAUUCGAUCGUUAAUUUACAGUGGUCGCUGAUGUAUUAAUCGAGUGUUUUUGAUUAUGUUGAACUUUUGCACAGCAUAUUGAAGCUCCAGUCCACAAUGAAGUACAAGCUUUACGUCGCGUUACUAGUUUUUUCUUUUCUAAGCUAUGUCGCCUGUCAAUACAGAACGAAAAAUAAUCAAGGUACUUCGUUGGCGGAACGUGUACAACAAUUAACAGAAAUGGCCAUGAAAAAAUCGGUAUUGAAAUUCAACGGAUCAAAAUUUAAACAAUACAUUAAAGCUCCUCCGAGAAAUUAUUCUGUUAUAGUUAUGUUUACUGCUAUGGCACCUCAGAGACAAUGCCAAAUUUGCCGACAUGCCAAUGAUGAAUUUACAAUAGUGGCGAACUCCUUCCGAUAUUCUCCAUUAUAUUCCAACAAGUUAUUCUUUGUCUCUAUUGACUUUGACGAAGGAUCAGAUGUUUUUCGAUUGAUGAAGUUAAAUACUGCACCAGUAUAUAUGCAUUUUCCACCCAAAGGAAAGCCAAAAGCUGCUGAUACUAUGGAUAUCCAGCGAGUAGGAUUUGGUGCUGAGGCAAUAGCAAAAUGGAUUGGCGAACGCGCAGAUAUUCAGAUUAGAGUAUUUAGACCACCAAAUUAUUCUGGUACAGUGGGAUUAGGAAUGCUUGUGGUAAUUAUAGGAGGUGGCCUGUAUCUCAGGCGUAAUAAUUUAGACUUUAUUUAUAACAAAAAGCUGUGGGGAUUUUGUGCUUUGUUUUUCACCAUAAAUAUGACCUCUGGACAAAUGUGGAACCAUAUCAGAGGACCACCUUUUGUCCAUAAAUCACCAAAUGGCAAUACAGCUUUCAUUCAUGGAUCUUCUCAAGGGCAAUUUAUAAUGGAAACCUAUAUUGUUAUGGUUAUUAAUGGAGCAGUGGUA